UUCAUUCCCUGCUUUGCCCGGGGGCCCCCUUCCCGACCAGACGGCGGGACAAACGGCUGCCUGUGCAGCGACCUCGAACUCGUGAGCCAGAAAACAGAGCUUCUGCGUCCAGUACAACACCAUGGCGGACUCUGAGCGCCUCUCGGCCCCUGGCUGCUGGUUAGCCUGCACCAGCUUCUUGCGCACCAAAAAGGGACUUUUCCUGAUUGCUGAGAUCAUACUGUGCCUGGUGGUUUUAAUUUGCUUCAGUGCUUCGACAUCAGCAUACUCCUCCCUGUCGGUGAUCGAGAUGAUUUUUGCCGCUGUCUUAUUUGUCUUCUACAUGUGUGACCUGCACUCCAAGAUAUCAUUCAUCAACUGGCCAUGGACUGACUUUUUCCGAGCCUUCAUAGCAGCCAUCCUCUACUUGAUCACCUCCAUUGUUGUCCUUGUAGAUGGGAAAGGCGGCUUCAAAAUCACCGCUGGGGUACUGGGUAUAUUUGCUACAUUGCUCUUUGGCUGUGAUGCGUACUUCACCUUCCCUCUAAAGCAACAAAGACAUACAGCAGCCCCUACUGACCCCACAGAUGGCCCGUGAUCCUCAUCCAUCUAUCUCUGCUACCUGCAAAUAGCUCCUCCAUCAAAAACUUCCUCUUGCCGGGUGUGGUGGUGCAUGCUUUUGAUCCAAGCACUCAGGAGGCAGAGACAUGUGGAUCUCUGUGAGUUCGAGGCCAGCCAGGGCUACACAGUGAGACCUUGUUUCAAAAAAAUACCUCUUCCUAUUUCCACAACACUCCCAGCCAAAUCUCUGACACCACUGAAAGUGCUUAUGGUACAGGAGAUUGAACCUAGAACCAUCUACAUAUUAGGCAAACAGUCUCCACCCAGCUACAUGUCCUGUAAAAGUGCCUUUGUUGGGAGAGUUUUGUCUUCCAGCCUGCCAAUCAACCCUCCUAGGUGUGGCCACCUUUAUGGGUGUGCCUAGGUCCCCCUUUGCUCCACAGUACCAGCAGCUGACAUGAGUUGUGCUUGAACCAUUCCCCCACAUAAGCUACAAAAUGAGUGACCCACUACAAAUAACCUUUUUUCUGUGUGGGGUGAGCUGUGAAGGGCUAAAUAAAUAAUAAUAAUAAAGAUUGUUAAGAUCUAUAAUGAACAAGUUAGUUUUUUGACCAAAUGUACGUUAGCAUCAGGAGAUGGGAAACGGAGAUAAAGCCAUUGGAGCAAAGAAGCCAGGCCUGUUUUUUUUUUUUUUUUU